AUGUCAGUUCUACAUUCUAUCCCGCUGUUUCUCAACUGCAUUGCCAUACUUUAUCAAAGACGUUAUAAUAGAUUACAUAAAUCAGUUAGUGGACUCUCAUACGAUCUGUACGUACUAAGCUUUGCGUCUUAUGUACUGAACGUGUACUGCGGGCUUAAUUAUUUGUGUUCAGGUUUAGUUCGCAAACAGCUUGUGCGGAGGUUCCCUGUAUAUUUUCAGCGAAAAGUUGCAGACAUUCCAGUCUCCACGGCUAUUCUCGUGGCUGACCUUCUGAAUCUCAUAAGCACAGGCGCUAUUAUCAAGCAACUCGUUAAUUAUAGGAGGACAAAACGUGAGUAUCAAAGCAUUUCAUACAUUUGUAUCAGCAUUUUAGCCGUAUGCCUCAUAUUCUGUGUUUUUACACACGCCUGUGCGUCCUUUAACUUGCCUAGCAGAGACAGUGGAAGGUUCGGUGUGUAUUAUUUAGAGCAUAUCAAUUACUCGUGGGUUCUCGCUACUUUGCUGUCUGGUGUUCGCCUGGUCCCUCAGGUCAGCGUCAACUUUAUGGGGAGGAGCACGCAAGGGCUAUCUUCCAAAUUCAUGUUGCUGAGCAUUGCGUCCGCAGUGAUUCAAAUUGUGAUCGAGAUGUGUACGCAUGCGAGAUCACACCCUUUCACGCCACUUAAUGGAAAGCCAAUUUAUGAGCCUGCCCUUCAUCUGAUUUUUCUGCUCAUCGUGUCAUAUCAAGUUCACAAGGUUUACCGGAACAAAGCAGGCACGUCAGCAAACUCCUUGGCUCUCAGAGUUUUGUAA